UGACCAUCAACGACAAAUCUUCUUGAACAACUGGCAUCACUUAUCGAAUUACAGCUUGGUGAGCUAUCACCGCGAAGCCCACAGCAAACAUGUUACCCGGCAUCGAGCCCGUGACGACCACGGCCCUCAUCUUUGGCGGAUGCUGCACGAACGUGUUUGCCCUCGAGACCAUUGUCAAAGUCCAACCCAGCAGUGGUCUCAUUAUCACCUUCUUCCAAUUUGUCUUCGUGACAGUGUUCGCCUACCCGAGCCAAUUUGAGCCAGGGGCGAAGUACACGCUGCAAGCCCCCAAAGUUCCCAUGAGGAGAUGGGCGUUCAUAGCUUUCAUGUUCUACGGCAUCAAUAUGCUCAACAACUGGGCUUUUGCAUACAAUAUCAGUGUGCCUGUGCACAUCAUUCUGCGCAGCUUUGGCAGUGUCACCACCAUGAUCGCCGGGUAUCUGCGAGGCAAGCGCUACAGCCCAUUGCAAAUACUCAGCGUCGUGCUGCUCACUGUCGGUGUGCUCAUCAGUGCAUGGGCUGACUCCGAGAGCAAAGGCAAGGAAAUGUCGUACAAAGCGAGCGAUUCGUCCUCAGAUUACACUCAAGGACUCGCCAUUCUCCUCGUCGCGCAAUUUCUCUCUGCAUACAUGGGUGCAUACACCGAGGACACCUAUGCUACAUACGGAGCGAGUUGGACGGAAAAUCUCUUCUAUUCGCACUUCCUGAGUUUACCUCUAUUCCUACCCCUGUCCGGCACACUGCGCGAUCAGUAUCAGAAACUGGCAGCAACGCCUAAGGUUGACGUGGGGAAUUCCAGAGUCAUAGGCACGUUGCAGCAUCACGGACCCGCUGUCAGCAACGUGAUCGACACGCUCGUGACAUAUGCUGAAGGCACACCGCAAGGCGUGUUCUACUUGAUGACCAACGCACUCACGCAACUGGUCUGCAUAUCGGGAGUCAACCUGCUCUCGGCCAAGUCAUCGGCGGUAACUGUCACGAUAGUGCUAAACAUUCGAAAGCUGGUGUCCUUCAUCUUGAGCACUCUGAUCUUUGGGCACAGCCUGGACACCAAGAUGAUCAUAGGCUCAACGCUCGUCUUUGGCAGUGGGGCUUUGUAUGGGUGGGAGACUAGUUGGAGGCUGCCGCAGCAGAAAGCUGCACUAGAGUCGCGCAACCAGGAAAACAAGAAGCUCAAGUAAUAAAUUCGGAAAUGUCAAUCCAGAGUCUCGCACAUGCCUGUACUCCCGUGGCAUGUCCAGCGUCAGAUUUGCGUUGAAAAAGUCAACUUAUGCUCGGAA